AUGCCUCAGAACGAGUAUAUCGAGCGCUGGCAGAAGCAGCAUGGUAAGCGGCUGGAUCACGAUGAGCGUGUCCGCAAGCGCCAGGCUCGUGAGGGCCACAAGCAAUCACACGAUGCCCAGAACCUGCGCGGUCUCCGGGCCAAGCUGUACCAGCAGAAGCGCCACAAGGAGAAGAUUCAGAUGAAGAAGCGCAUCAAGGCCCAGGAAGAGAAGAACGUCAAGUCUUCCGCUCCCGACGAGCCUUCCCAGACUCCUCUGCCCCAGUACCUGCUCGACCGGUCUCAGGCUACCAACGCCAAAGCCUUGUCCAGUGCCAUCAAGGACAAGCGAGCUGAGAAGGCGGCCAAGUUUGCCGUGCCUUUGCCCAAGGUCAAGGGUAUCAGUGAGGAGGAGAUGUUCAAGGUGGUCAACACCGGAAAGAAGACCCACAAGAAGUCCUGGAAGCGGAUGAUCACAAAGCCUACUUUCGUUGGCAAUGAUUUCACUCGUCGCCCCGUCAAGUACGAGCGAUUCAUUCGUCCCAUGGGUCUGCGUUAUAAGAAGGCCAAUGUUACUCACCCCGAACUCGGUGUGACUGUGCAACUGCCAAUUCUCUCCGUCAAGAAGAACCCCAACAACCCUCUCUUCACUCAGCUGGGUGUUUUGACCAAGGGUACCAUCAUCGAGGUUAACGUUUCAGAGUUGGGUCUUGUCACCACCACCGGUAAGGUGGUUUGGGGUAAAUGGGCACAAAUCACGAACGUGCCCGAGAACGAUGGCUGUGUGAACGCUGUUCUCCUCGUUUAA